UUUCGUUCAUUUUUGGUGAUUUUUACGAGCACAGUUGAGAGCUGACUACGGUGUACGGACGGACGAACGAUAGUUUUAAUUUAGUUUAGUACUUUAUUUUUAUUCUUUCGUUGCGAUUGAUAUUUUGUUUGCUUCAUUCACGGCGUGUGGCGUACAAUUGGAUUGGAUACGAGAUUGCCGGUUGUCUCUAAACUUAGGUGGAAAUCGCAGAGAGGCUGGUCCAAUGGCGUAAUCCGUGCUAACACCGAAAAUACUGUUCCCGUUAGUUGCCACGAAACUGAUGUCAGUUGUUUUUCGAUCGUUCGUUGUAUAAUAAAAGUUAGGCGACAUUCACCGAGAAACGCACACAGCACCGUACCGGAAACGGAGAAAAGACAAAAAUAGCUGUGCCGGCCGACCGAAAACAAAGAUGGCCUUGCCGGUUUUUUUAGUUGCCAUCGCCCACUGCAUCUACACGCCGUUCACCAAGGUGGAGGAGAGCUUUAACCUGCAGGCGAUCCACGACUUGCUGUACCAUCGGUUGAAUAUUUCGGAGUAUGACCACUUGGAAUUUCCGGGCGUUGUGCCGCGCAGUUUUCUCGGUCCACUGUUUAUCACGUUCUUGGUAACACCGAUUGCCACGGUGCUAGACUUUCUUGAUGUUAACAAGUUUUGGAUGCAAUAUGUCGUUCGCUUCGCCCUGGCCGGAACAGUGAUUUUUGCCUGGGACAAACUGCGUGUCACGCUGCAGAAGCGGCUUGGUGCCGCCGUCUCGCUGUGGUACAUUCUGAUCACCAUCACCCAGUUCCACUUCAUGUUCUACAUGAGCCGUCCACUGCCAAAUAUUAUGGCGCUUCCGUUGGUGCUGCUGGCGAUCAAUUAUUGGUUGACGCGGAGCGUCAAGCUGUUCAUCAUCUGCUCCGGGGCGGCGAUCAUUAUCUUUCGAGCGGAGCUCGCCAUGCUGCUGGGACUGUAUCUCCUGUACGACCUGUAUUACAAGCGAACAAAGUUGGAUGCCGUGCUGAAAGUGGCCAUCCCAGCUGGUGUGCUGUUCGUUCUGCUAACGAUGAUUGUCGAUAGUUUCUUCUGGCAGCGGGUGCUGUGGCCCGAAGCGGAGGUUUUCUGGUUCAAUACGGUGCAGAACAAGAGCUCCGAAUGGGGUACGUCACCAUUCCUAUGGUACAUCUAUUCGGCCCUUCCGCGAGCGAUGGGCCUAUCGCUGCUGUUCGUACCGUUCGGAAUCGCGCUGGAAACGCGCAUCCGGUCGCUGGUCAUUCCGGGAGUGGUGUUCGUGCUGCUCUUUUCGAUGCUGCCCCACAAGGAACUGCGCUUUAUUAUCUACGUUUUUCCGCUGCUGAACGUAGCGGCCGCCUGUGCCUGUAGUAGAAUAUGGCACAAUCGACAAAAGACAUUUUUUCAUAAGUUUUUAUCGCUCAUUGCACUGGGACAUCUGGUGGGGAAUGCUUUCCUGACAAUGUUCCUGCUGCUGGUGGCAGGUACGAACUAUCCCGGUGGAAUCGCUAUUUCAAGAUUUCAUCGAAUGGCUGCCGGUGAAACCGGCAUUUCCGUACACAUCGACAACCUGGCAGCUCAGAGUGGAGUUUCUCGCUUUUUACAGGUUCACUCCGACUGGAUCUACAGCAAGGAGGAACGCCUGGUUCCGGGCGACCUGCGGCUGCAUCGGUUCGACUAUCUGCUGACGGAAGCGCGCGAUAAAUACUCGGACGAGAUGCGGCUGCUGGGACAGACGCACGAAGUGCGGGAAUUCGUCGAGUGUUUCAACAGCAUCGGGCUGCAGUAUCGGUCCGUUUUGCCGGUAAAGAUAAAGACGAAACCAUGCGUGUUUAUCAUGCAACGACGGCCGGAGGUGGAUCCGAGCCGGAUUCGGUUGAACUUUGACGAUGUGUUGGAAACGGCCGGCAUCGGUGGCAGUGGAGCACUGAGCGAUCCCGAGUUUCCACCGAUCGAAAUCGAUGGCAGGGUAGAGGAGGAUGAACCGGACGACGAAGAACCAGAUGGGGAAGAUGAACCAGACGAAGCAGAAGAAGAGCCUAACGAGGAAGACGAAUCUGAAAAAGAGGUGGUUGAACAACCGGAGAAAAAACUGCCUCGAUUGAGAAAAAUCCGACCACCGAAAGAACCCAGUUCGACAGUUCCGAAAACGAUACCGCGUUCUGCCUCCAAGGGCCGACUGCGAGUACGACAGAUUCUGGAGGAAAAUGCACAUCUCCUGCAGGAGGAUGAAGACGGUGAAACGCAGGAGGACAAACGAGCUAAAGUGGCUUCCUAUUUGCAGCGGGCAACCACGCCCAAGCUAAGGACGGCUCAGCGAAUUAUCAAAGAGGAAAAACUAAAGCAACUGACCAGCGAGUUGAGUAAGCUCGAUUUUAGCAAUUUGUGUAAUCUCGAUCGGAUGUCGUCGCGGGAGUGUCUGAAGAUGAUAAUCGAUGAUCAGUACAGCGAAGAGGUUGAGUCGGAAACUGAAGGUGUUGCUGAUGAUGAUGAUGAUGAGGAGGAACAGGAGAAUCAGAAUGACGAAUGAGAAUUGUUAGACGUGUUUGAAAGUAGCUGCUGGAUUGUUCAAGAUCUAGUUCUAUUGCAAAAAAAUGCAGCCUACCAAAGUAAGUUAAAA